UCAACGACAUGCUUGCAGGCGUCCACUACGACAUUCAUAAUGCGCUUACCGACCAGGCAGCAGCAGAACGAGUCAGGCUCGCAUUCGGUAACAAUUGGCAGACACACCAUGAACAACUUCGAGAGGACGUCAAUGCUCUGAGGGACGCAAAGAUAACCAUCAAGCAUAGUAAUCCACAAAAGGCCGAAGAUCACCAAUACGCAGAACGGCUAAGACGAGAGGGCAGAGAAGCGAGCGGGACUGUCAAGCAAGAGUUUCUUGCCCACACGGAUCGAACUGGCGUAAACGACGAGUCCAAGCCGGCUAUCAUGUGGCUCGGCAGUGGAUGGCACGACGAUAAAGAAUACGGACGUGCAAACCGAGCGGGGACUGCGCUCCACGAAGCGGUCCAUGCUGUUCUUAGGGGAGGAGAUCACAUGUACAACGACGGUACCACAUCAAAGUAUAUCAACUCAGAGGAAGCAGGCAGGCUUCGGCAGACCCUCCCUCCAGAUCAGUACAAUUCACAAGUCACAAAGGAAGUUGGAUACUUUGGAUCAGGCAAUGUUCCGAAUUCGGCGGGAGGAACGAAUUACAAGGAGGUUCUUGGAGCGCACGAUGUGAUGAGGCAUGGGGCCGGUAUAGUCUCCGCGGAAUGGACAGACCGAAUGAACAAUGCGGCGAAUCCACACCGAAAUCCUGAUGCCUGGAAGCUCCUUGGCUCUCUUCAAGAAACUGAAGUCAGAAAAUGGGCGGAAGACGAAGAGACGCGUCGAGACGCGCAGAACAAGGCGUAUUUCGAGGCCGCAGUUCAGAUCCCUAAAUUGGAAAAACAAAAGGCGAUGAAUGGUGGAGAGCUUUCGCCAAAUUCAGAGCAACAACUCCAGGACCAUAAAGAUGCCUGCGAAAACGUCGGUAACCUCCGUAAACGUGGAUGUGUGCCCAAGGGUAAGGCCAAACAGGCGGCCAACGCAAACAGGCUCAAGGAGAUGGAGCAGAAGUUGAUUGAUGGAAAGGAACUCUCGCACUCCGAGAAAGCCGAAUGGAAGUCACGCACGGACAAAUGUGACGGUGGUGGUCUGCGGAAACGUGGAGAAUGCCCGUUCAGACAAAGACAGGAAGCGCGAGAGCAGGCACAAAGAGAGGCAGCUGGGUUCAAAGGGAUCGAGAAGGGGAACAAAUCAGCGAGCAAGACCAAACCUCAGUCGAAACCCAAGACACCUGGAAAGAAAGCGCUCGGUGCGAAAGUCAAAGGGAAACCAACGUCCAAACAACCCUCUGUGAUCAAGAGCAAAAGCAAGGCCGGGCCCAGGACAAAAGCCGUUGGCAAGGGCAAGAAGCCCAAGGCUACUGGAAGGAACAAGCUCGCUUCCAAAGGCCGUAGCAAGGCGGCUUCGAAGGCAUCUAGAGGCAAGGCUGCAAAGUCCAAGGCACUCGGCAAGACCACGUCAAAAUCCAGGGCUGGUCGUAAGAUCAAGAAAUCCAAGUCCGGUGGAAAGGGCAAGUCGGCAAUGAAGUCCAAAGGCAAGGCGGCUUUAAGGUCCAAGACCGACAAAGGCAAGAGCGCUUCGAGGGUCAAGGGUGUUCGCAAGGGCAAAGCCACGAAAGUUUCUGCGAAGAACAAGCUCUUGUCGAAGGCCAAAGGCAAAUCCGCAUCCAAGUCUAAGGUAUCAAGGUCCAAGACUGCUAUCAAGAGCAAGAGUACAUCCAAAGCCAAGGCGGUCCGUAAAGGCAAGACCGCCAAAGCCUCCGCACGAAACAAGCUUGCUUUGAAGUCCAAGGGUAAGGCUACUUUGAGGUCUAAAGCCAUGGGCAAGAGCAAGACCGGGUUCAAAGCCAAAUCCAUCGGCAAGGGAAAGGCUAAGAAGACGGCUGGAAAGAACAAGG